AUGUUAACAAGAAAGAGAAAAGCUGAGUUGUUAAGUCACAAUUGUCUAGAGUUCGCAGAAAAAUACUCAUUUGCGACUUCCUUGUCGUUGUUUCACUUCAGGGAGUCCUUAGUAGCCGCUAUACAGCAGGUGCAAUCCACACUGUCCAGCGAGGAGCCCUCGUCAGAAGAGGCCCAGAGUGAUACUCAAGGAAGUUCCUCGUCCCUGGCUUUGCCCGGGGGAGGACCCAAGAGGGCCGAGACUUUCAGCGGUUUUGACACCAAACUAAAACCCGACAACAUAAACCGAGCGAGCUCCAUGAGAACUGAGAGACCUGGGAUGGUAUUUCCGUCAAGACAGCUUCCGGGUGCGGUUAGUCCCGUGGUUGGAGCGAGUCCAAAGACUAAACACAAGCGACGUUCCAGUGGGGGAGGAGGCUGGUCGUUUCUGCCCAAAAGCAGCAGUAAGGAGCAUAUGGAACAGACUGGAUCUACAGGUGAUCUGGCUUCAGACUCGGCAUCCUCUUCGCCUACACAAACUCCUACACCCUCACCUCUGCCUGGACAAGAGGCUGAAGCCGGAACGGACAGCGAUAGUGCUGUCAAAAGUGGUCGAUUUAGGCCCGUACGAGGCGACACGUCACCGCCUCAGCAGAUUAAAGCUGACCAUCAGCACAGCAGGCUCAAACACAACUUGCCUCACUUGUCAUCACCCCGUACUCAACGCCAUGCGCGCCUGCUUCCUAAAGACGAGGAGGACAAGGAACGAGAACAAAAAGACAAGAGUCCGGGCACAGCGCAAGAAGUUAUUUAUUUCUGAUAGAUAUGGCUAAGACUAAGACGUUCUUUUUCCCGUUAUGAAGAUAUUCGCAUUCAGUAACCUAGACAGAUGUAAAUAGAAGCGUGCGAUCGGAGACAAAAUAAUGUACUUAAAAUGAAAUUCUUUUCUAUAGUGACUUGGGUAGCAUGACAAUUAUGACAACAUAGUAGAUCAUCAUUUUUAAUAUAACUAAAACACCGACAGUUUGACGACAAUAGCUGAUUAACCGUUACUCGCUAUAGAGCAAUCGUAGAACACCAUAGGGAAACUUGUUUGAAUUAAACAGUAGAUAGAAAGUGUGCAAAGAUAUUUAGCAAAAUAGCGCAUCAUCUUUUUCAUGCUCUUUUCAAAUCUUUGUAGAUUUCGUAUACUUUAUCCGCGCGUGAAAGAGUGAAUAAAUCAUAUUUUUGUACAA